CCCCCCCUCCCCCGGGAAAGAAAGAAGAGAGAAGAAACAAGAGCAGAACGCACACGGCGACGACGCAUUUGGUACGUUCCGGCUCGCAACACCGCAGCCUCUGCCCCACGCGCACCAACGCACGUGCGGCGGCCGGCGGCGGGGAUGACAAGGCGGUGCUCGCACUGCAGCAACAACGGCCACAACGCGCGCACUUGCCCCGCCCGCGGCGGCGGCGGAGGCGGGGGCGGAGGGGUGAGGCUGUUCGGCGUGCACCUCACGUCGCCGCCGGUGGCGUCGAUGAAGAAGAGCGCGAGCAUGAGCUGCAUCGCGUCGUCGCUCGGGGGCGGGUCCGGGGGCUCGUCGCCGGCGGCGGGAGCAGGGGGCGGAGGAGGAGGAGCCAGGGGAGGCGGCGAGGGCGCGCCGGGGUACGUGUCCGACGACCCCAUGCACGCCUCCUGCUCGACGAAUGGCCGGGCCGAGCGCAAGAAAGGUACGCCGUGGACUGAAGAAGAGCAUAGAAUGUUUCUGAUGGGUCUGCAGAAGCUUGGUAAAGGAGACUGGCGUGGGAUAUCUCGUAGUUUUGUUGUUUCCAGGACCCCAACUCAGGUGGCAAGCCAUGCUCAAAAAUACUUUAUCAGACAGACAAACUCGUCAAGACGGAAGAGGAGGUCAAGCUUGUUUGAUAUGGUCCCUGAAAUGCCAAUGGACGAGUCCCCAACUGGCGCUGAAGAGUUUAUGGUCUGCAGUACUCAAGAAGAGUCAUCAAGUUCAAAUAAACUGUCACUGUUUCAUCUUGGGCAACAUAAGGAAGCAGAGUUUGAUAAAGAUGUGCCAACUAUGCACCUAAGGCAACACAAGGAAUCUGAAUUUGCAGAGCCUUCAUUAGAAGCUCCAGAUUUGGAUAUGAACCAUGCUGUAUCGUUCAAGGCCGCAACUGUCCAGACAAUGCCGGCAUUCUACCCAACAUUGGUCCCUGUUCCACUAACGCUUUGGCCUCAGAAUGUUGCUAAUGUGGAAGUAGCAGGCACAACCCAUGAAAUCCUGAAGCCCACUCCUGUGAAUGGAAAGGAGGCAGUAAAGGGAGAUGAGGUUGUCAGCAUGUCCAAGCUCAGCAUUGGUGACGGUAGCUCUGGCUCAUUGGAACCUUCUGCUCUCUCUCUUCAGCUUACCGGGUCGACAAAUACAAGGCAAUCAGCUUUUCAUGUGAACCCACCAAUGACUAGAACUGACCUAAGUAAGGGAAACAACAGCCCAAUCCAUGCAGUUUGAAGAAUCAUGGAAUGGGCCUGCCCAGUCAAGUCUUACAGAUUGUAUUAAUGGUCCCAAUACCCUAUAAUGUCGCGUAAGCUCCUGAGCAUGUAUUUCUGUACUGUAAGGGUUCUAAGCUAAUGUAUCACCAACUUAUGUUUCUUUUCAUUAAUAAAGGUAGAGAUACAGAUCUCAAUGAAAAUACCCUAUCAUUUACCUGUCAUCAAUCUCAGACUAUUGUUUCCUUUGGAUACAACUUCAAUGCUUUGGUGAAAAGAAAAUGAUCUGUAGGUUUUGGCAUGUAA